GGGGGAGGGAAAGGAGCUCUGGUAUUUGAGUCCCUGGGCCUGGAGGAAGAUUCGGCCAAUGCCAAGCAUCUCCACCCCGGGGGAGGCACUUUUUCCGAGGGGUGGAGGAACAUUAGCCUCCUGGUUCCUCGAUCCUUCCUAGGAGGUCUGGGGUAUAGCCAGGAGUCCCAGCAUCUCAACUAGGGGGAGGAGCUGCGAAUCCCUCGCCAUCUCCCAGAAGAGGGAGGGUAUUGGGGGGGGGGGCCUUCGGCUGGUCCCUUUGAAGCUGGAAACCUGAGCCCCGCCCCGCUCCAGGACACACCCCCCUGUCCCCUAGGGCCUGGCCGCCGCUCAUAAAAAUGGGGCUCCUCCAGUGAGUGGACAGCCGCUGUACGGGACGGGACCUGGGCGCACCUGAGACUAAAGAGAGCGGGAUCCCGAGUCCUCCAUCCCAGCUGCGGGAUCCCGAGUCCUCCGUCCCAGCUGCGGGAUCCCGAGUCCUCCUUCCCAGCUGCGGGAUCCCGAGUCCUCCGUCCCAGCUGCGGGAUCCCGAGUCCUCCGUCCCAGCUGCGGGAUCCCGAGUCCUCCUUCCCAGCUGCGGGAUCCCGAGUCCUCCUUCCCAGCUGCGGGAUCCCGAGCCCUCCAUCCCCGCUACAGCGCCCAGGCCGUCCUCUCGGGUCCCAGACCCCGUCAGUGGAAAGAUGCGCUGUGCCCCCAGUACAGGCGCUGCGCUGGUGCUCUGCGCCGCCACGGCGGGGCUGCUGGGCGCAGCCGCUGCCGGCCGCAGCGAAGUCCGUCCCGGGCCCCCCGAGCUCCGAGGGCCCCACGCCGGGCCGGAGGCCAAGUAUGCCUCGUGGGACGAGGUGAACGUGAUCGCUCACGGUCUCCUGCAGCUCGGACACGGGCUUCGGGAGCACGUGGAGCGGACGGAGGGCCAGGUGAACGACAUCUACCGCCGUCUCCAAGCCCGGGAUCCCGCCUGCGACGACCCUCAGCGCCGCGCCCGUCACAGCUCCGAGGGCAGCCAGCCGCAGAGCCCCGAGGAGAGCCGGGCGAACUUGACCGCGCAAGGCACGGACAGCCACUUGGAGCCGAAAGACGCGGCCCAACCGGAGAGCGAGCUCCAGCCGCUGGAAGCGAAGGAUGGCCAGGCUGCGGAGAGCAGCACUGGGGGGGCCGCCUGGAGAGCUGUGAGCAGCCUGCAGACCCAACUGCGAGCUCAGAACAGCAGAAUUGAGGAAUUGUUUCAGAAAGUGGCCCAGCAACAACAGCACCUGGAAAAGCAGAACCUGAAGAUUCAAAGGCUGCAGAGCAAGCUCCAGGGUCUGGCUCCUUUGCAGCUGGGACAGAUACCACUAAGGCCUAUGGGAAAGAAGAAUGCCCAGAAGAUGGCCCGACACAUUCAUCCUGUCCCCAACAGCAGUGACAAGCCUAAGCUGCCCCAGGAUUGCCAUCAACUCUUUCUGGAUGGAGAACGCCAGAGUGGACUCUUCCAAAUUCAGCCUCAAGGGUCCUUACCUUUCCUGGUGAACUGCAAGAUGACUCCAGAGGGUGGCUGGACAGUGAUCCAGAGACGCCUGAAUGGUUCAGUGGACUUUAACCAGCCUUGGGAGGCCUACAAGUCAGGCUUUGGAGACCCUAAUGGGGAAUUUUGGCUGGGUCUGGAGAAGGUUCAUCAUAUCACUGGAGACCGUGGAAGUCGUCUUGCUGUGCAGCUGUUAGACUGGGAGGGCAAUGCCCAGUCUGUCCAGAUCCCUUUCCACUUGGGAGGAGAGGAUACAGCCUAUAGCUUGAAGCUCACAGGGCCAGUUGCUGGAGAGCUGGGUCCAGCCACAAAAGAUGGACUAUCUUUACCCUUCUCUACUUGGGAUCGUGAUCAUGACCUCAGGACAGACCUGAACUGUGCCAAGAACCUCUCUGGGGGCUGGUGGUUCAGUACUUGUGGCCAUUCCAACCUCAAUGGGAAGUACUUUCACUCCCUUCCCCGGCAGCGGCACCAGAGGAAGCAGGGCAUCUUCUGGAAGACUUGGCGGGGACGCUACUACCCUCUACAGGCCACCACCAUGCUGAUCCAGCCCACAGAGGUGGCCGCGUCCUAGCCUAGCGCUGCAGGGCUAACAGAGAAGAGCCGGCGCUCAGUGGGCCAAAGACUGACUAAAUGCAAAAAGAGAACUCUCUCCCUCCCUUUUCCCAACAUCCGCGAUGACAAUAGGACGAAAGCCUGGGCCCGCUCAGGACUAACAGAGAUGCUUCCCUGAGGGAGGAAUAACAGAGGAUGCAGGCCCAGCCUUGGACUCCAGGCCUUCCCUCUUGAAGAGAGCGAUCACUCCUUUCUUCCCCUUCUUUAAUCUAUUGCCCUCCUGAGGGUAAACCUGUGGUUACCAGUGGUACUAAUGACCAGGGCCUUUCCCUCUCCUUGUCCCUCCUGUUACGUAUAGGAGUUUGAUGCACAAGGGAAAGAAGGGGUUGGGUCGUCUGACUUGGACUAGUGGGGAAGAAGCCCAGGUUCUGGGCUCAUGGCUGACUAGGAGUCUGGCUUAGAUGUCUUCAGUCAUAUUGACUGGACCGGGAUAACGGGACCAAAAGCUGGGGGAUCUAGGAUGGUGCCCUCAGAGGGUCUCUAUUUCAAAGCCCAGCCCUGGGGCCUAUCAAGGGGUCAGGGUAAUUUGUAAAUAACUGCCUUGUAAAAAGAUUUAUUAUCUUUUGGGUUGCGGGGUCUGGCUGGGAUUACCAGGCCCCUUCAGAUUAUUUGUAAUAAAAAGAAGGAAAGAA